AUGCCGUACUAUCAUGUGCGUGAUGAACUCAGCACACAAGAUGGAAUAGUGUUGAGGGGAGAUCGUGCAACGAUACCAAAGUCCCUGAGGAGCCGAAUGCUGACAAGGAUACACCAGUCGUACAUGGGAAUAGAAGCGUGUCUGAGGUUCGCUAAGGACUGCGUGUAUUGGCCAGGGAUGAAUGCUGAAGUCAAAGACUACGUCAGCAGAUGUGACAUAUGCCAAACUGUCGGCAGAAAGCAGCAGAAAGAAACACUGGAACCACACCCUAUCCCGCAGAGGCCAUGGGAGAGAGUAGGAACAGAUCUGUUCACGUUCCAGCAGAGGGAGUACCUGAUCACUGUGGACUAUCACUCGAAUUACUUCGAGAUUGACAUGUGUGAGAACGUCACACGAGCCUCGACGAUAGUCAAGAAGCUCAAGGCACAGUUCGCAAGGCACGGUAUCCCAGAUGUGGUUAUCAGCGACAAUCGACCACAAUCCACAGCUGACGAGUUUGAGAAGUUUGCCAAGAAUGGCACUUCAAACACCAAACAUCCUCGCCAGGCUAUCCACAGAGUAAUGGUAAAGCAGAGAAUGCAGUCAAGACAGCCAAGCAGCUGA